UGACCAACUGGCCCAGGGAUAGCCAGCCUCCGGCGAAGUCGAGCAGCAUCGGGUAAAUGCUCCAGCCUUGCGUCGAUUUGCGUUUGUAGUUGACCCACACCUGGGGAAUGUACUUGAGGACCACGAAGCUGAAGUAGGUAGGGUGUAUUCACCACGUCGAUCCACGCCCAACCCUCGGGACUGUAGCCCUGGUCAAUGCCUCUGAAGCGGGCAAGCACCACUACGAAUAGAAUAGCAAGAACACAUGCCCAGAAUAUGGUCACUAUUGGUCUGCUCGCCCUCUGCUUAGCUCCGACCCUGAACCCCCAGAUCUCGGGGAAGAACUGGCUGUAUAUGAUGACGCAGAGCACAGCGCCAUGAGCGGCGAAGAGGAAGUCGUUGAAGCGCACGGUGGGUUCGGAAUGGUAUCGGUAGGCAUAUUGCGAGCGGAUCGUGGGCGAAAAGAGGAAUGCCGCCGUCGAGACAGUGUAGCAUGAAAAUCCGAGGACAUUGAGGGUCGGAAAGUCGAUGGCUAGGCCGAGGGUGCUUUUGCGAAACCAGUUGGAAAUUGGCUGCGGGUAGAAAGAUGCGGACCUGCGAGUACAUGAGUUAGUUUGCUCGAUCGUAUUUUGUGCAGGCGGGGAAGGGUAGGCAGUUCGUACCAGGAGAGGAAGUACAGCCAACCAAGCACUCGCGAU